CUCUCUUCCUCUCUCUCUCUCUCUCUCUCUCUCUCUCUCUCUCUAUCUCUGAUCUCUGAUCUCUGUUCUGUUUCAUCUUUCUUCAUCUCUCAUUUUCUAAGCAAUUUAAUUAUCUAAAGAGAGAAAACCGAGAGAGUUAGGAGAGAGAAUCUUCUCUUCUUCUCUCCUAACUCUAUUCUGUUACGUGUGAAGCAGAAAACAGAUAUAGCUAGAUUCUUCUCAUCAUUCAGUGGCUUCUAAAUCUGAUCAGACAUGGAACAACUAUUUCCUGAUUGGAAUUUUGAAGAAAAUUUUCACAUGUCCACUAAUAAAAGAUCAAUCAGACCAGAAGAUGAACUAGUGGAGCUAUUAUGGAGAGAUGGUCAAGUGGUUUUACAAAGCCAAGCUCGUAGAGAGCCAUCAGUCCAAGUCCAAGCCCACAAACAUGAUCAAACCCUAGGAAAACCCAACAAUACUCUUCUUGAUAACCAAGUACGAAAACCUAAUGGCACUAUUCUUGAAGAUCAAGAAACCGUCUCAUGGAUCCAGUACCCUCCUGAAGACGUAGUCGAUCCUUUCGAAUCCGAGUUCUCCUCCCAUUUCUUUUCUUCGAUCGAUCACCUCGAUGGUCCCGAUCGUCCAGACAAGCCUCGGACGAUCGAAGAGACGGCUAAGCACGAUGCUCAUGAUCAAUCCAUGGCUCCUCCUAAGUUUAGGACCUCAGUUUUAACAGUUGGACCAAGCCAUUGUGGAAGCAACCAGUCUACAAAUGAUCAUCAGGUGACUCAUCCUCCGGUUUCUAUAAGUGAUAGAAGCAAGAACGUCGAAGAACGACUUGAUACUUCGUCAGGUGGCUCGUCCGGUUGCAGCUACGGAAGGAACAACAAAGAAACCGGAAGUGGAAGGAGCGUUACCAUUGACCGUAAAAGAAAACAUGUAAUGGACACUGAUCAGGAAUCUGUGUCUCAAUCUGAUGUACGUUUGAUGUCAAUGGAAGAUCAAGCCAUCGGAAACAAAUCGAGCCAACGGUCAGGGUCUACUCGAAGAAGUCGUGCGGCUGAAGUUCAUAAUCUCUCAGAAAGGAGGAGGAGAGAUCGGAUUAAUGAGAGAAUGAAAGCUCUUCAAGAACUCAUACCUCAUUGCAGUAAAACAGAUAAAGCUUCAAUUUUGGAUGAAGCCAUUGAUUACUUGAAAUCACUUCAAAUGCAACUUCAAGUGAUGUGGAUGGGAAGUGGAAUGGCGGCGGCGGCAGCUGCAGCAGCCUCGACUCCGAUGAUGUUUCCCGGUGUACAGCAAUCACCGUACAUUAAUCAGAUGGCUAUGCAGAGUCAGAUGCAAUUGUCUCAAUUCCCGGUUAUGAACCGGUCAGUUGUACAAAACCAUCCGGGUUUAGUAUGUCAAAACCCGGUACAGUUGCAGAUGCAAGCACAGAAUCAAAUCUUAUCGGAGCAGCUCGCUAGGUACAUGGGAGGGUUUCCACAGAUGCCGGCGACGACUCAGACGCAGACGCAGACGCAGAUGCAGACGCAGAUGCAGACGCAGACGCAGACGCAGACGCAGAUGCAGACGCAGAUGCAGACGCAGACGCAGACGCAGACGCAGACGCAGACGCAGGCUGAUCCGACUCCGGUGGGACAGCAAAGUCAACUGUCGGCGCCGGCUACCACCGACAGUCUACGUUUGGGUAAAUUAUGCUGACGUGGCAUGAUUUAUUUUCCCUCCAAGAUGAUUCUUACAGUGAUUAUUAUUAAUUUUUGAGGCAUAAACAUAAAACUUGCGGUAAGAAAAAAAAAACAUGAAACUUAAGAAAUUGUAUUAUUUAGCAUCUGAUAAGGUAGUCAUACUUAUAACUUAUUUAAACAGUCAAA